UGGGAGGAUAUGUUAACAGUUUACAGAGGGUGAGGCUGGAAAAUGCGGGCUGUUUGGGCUAAGUGGCCCGUAAUGUUUAGAAUGCUGCAUGGCACAUGGGACUAUUGCAAAAUAAAUUCACCCCUAAAGUGCGAUUAUUCCAAUAUUAUUUAAAUAUAGAAUGGGUUAAAAUAGAAUUUCGUGUUUACAGAAUCGCGGAGUGCUCCAAUGCUUAUAGGUAAUAGGAACUGCCGAUGCUGGAGUCUGAGAUAACAAGCUCCAUCAGCUUUCCUCCUCCUCUGAUUCUGCCUGGCCUGCUGUGUUCCGAUGCUUAGUUGUGCUUUGUAUCAACCGGACUGACAAGAUACAACAUGAUGGGCGGUGCAGCUACAAUUGACACUCGUAUUGAUUCAGCUCUUGAAAUUGAAACGGAAGUGCCUUCCCUCUCAUUGUGUCAGUCUGUCUCUUCAGAAACAUGUCCUUCCUGAAAGUGGAAGAAGACUCGGAUUUCCCAAUCCAGAACCUUCCGUUCGGUGUGUUUUCCACUCCGGAUAACCCAACCCAUAGAAUCGGUGUUGCCAUUGGAGACCAGAUCUUAGACCUCAGUGUCGUCAAACAUCUCUUCACUGGCUCAGCUCUCUCUAAACAUCAACAUGUCUUCGCCCAGCCAAUCCUUAACCCUUUCAUGGCUCUUGGCCGUGAAGCCUGGAGGGAAGCUCGAGCCUUUCUGCAGCAGCUCUUGUCGGCUGGUGAAGCGACACUGCGGGAUAACAAAGAACUGAGGCAGAAAGCAUUUGUGCCCCAGGCUUCAGCCACCAUGCAUCUCCCUGCACAGAUCGGGGAUUACACAGAUUUCUAUUCAUCCCUUCAUCAUGCAACAAAUGUUGGAACCAUGUUUCGAGGAAAGGACAAUGCUCUCAUGCCCAACUGGUUGCAUUUACCUGUUGCUUACAAUGGACGUGCAUCAUCUGUCAUUGUGUCUGGGACACCCAUCAGAAGACCCAUGGGACAGACAAGAUCAGAUGAAACGAAGCCACCCGUGUUUGGAGCUAGCAAACUUCUAGACUUUGAGUUGGAAAUGGCUUUUUUUGUGGGACCAGGCACCAAGUUAGGAGAGAGAAUUGAUAUAUCCCGGGCCCAUGAACAUAUAUUUGGGAUGGUUCUUAUGAAUGACUGGAGUGCUCGCGAUAUUCAGAAAUGGGAAUAUGUUCCACUGGGACCAUUCCUAGGGAAGAGUUUUGGAACGACCAUUUCACCUUGGGUUGUAUCGAUGGAAGCUCUGUCACCAUUCAUUGUGGCCAAUCCUGUCCAAGAUCCCAAGCCUUUGCCAUAUCUGUACAGUGAUGACUCGUACACUUUCGACAUCAACCUUUUGGUUUCUAUUAAAGGUGAGGCAAUGACGGAAAAGGCAACAAUCUGUCGAUCCAACUUGAAGCACAUGUACUGGACCAUGAAGCAACAGUUGGCUCACCACACUGUUAAUGGGUGCAAUGUGAGACCUGGAGACUUGCUGGCUUCUGGAACCAUCAGUGGCCCUACCCCAGAGAGUUUCGGCUCAAUGUUGGAGUUGUCAUGGAAGGGAACAAAAAUCAUUGACCUCGGGAAUGGGAACACCCGCAAAUUCCUUCAGGAUGGUGAUGAAGUCACCUUGACUGGUUAUUGCCAGGGCAAUGGCUAUCGAAUUGGCUUUGGAGAAUGUACCGGAAAAGUGCUUCCAGCGAUUUUGUAAUGCACUGAGUGUUUUCUGCAUGGGGAAUAGAGAAUGUCAUCAUAUUUCUCCUACUUUAACCGUUUAGUGGAACUGAUCACAAACAAAUAUCUCCUUGGUCUGAUCUCCAAUUAGAAACUUGGCUAAUUGUUUGAAACCAUCUCACUAAUUAGUGUGGGACCUCCAAGUUCAUUCACAACUUAAUUCUUGUCAUUAUUAAAUUUAAUAAUGAUUUAUAAUAAUAGUUCAUUUAAUAGCCAACAUUAAUUUUCUCACUGCUGACUCUGUAAGAUCUUCAAAGUCUUUUUUAUUCGAUUAACUGUUAUGCAAACAUGCUAACUGAAUAAGAACUGCUGUUGAAAGUAUAGUGUUUGGGACGAGGUCAGCCAGGUGGACUUCAUAGAAUAUGAGUUCCCUGAUUGUGGCCACUAAUCUGAUGUAAUCAGGGACCCCUGGCUGACAGAUAUAAAUAGGAAUGUCAAAGGUUCUGCUUACUCUAGGAGCUGGCUCUAAGCUAGCUGGGUCAGUGUCAUGUACAAGGCACAUAUAAUUAAAGGAUAACUUUAGGGGAAAUCAGAGUUGUUUCAGUGGCAAUGAGAGAAAAACAUGCCCCUGGAGAGAUUCGAUUGCAACAGUCGUCUUCGGAUUGGAGUAAGCAUUUCUGAAACCAUGCCACUAUUUGGGAAGCUUGACUCAUUUGAUCCUGUCGUUGAAGACUGGGCCCAGCAUGUGGAAAGAAUGCAUUAUUUCUUCCGGGCAAAUAACACUGGGGCAGACAAAAGCAAAAAGUAAUUCUCCUGACAGCUUGUGGACCCGCAGCUUUUUUGGUUAUUCGAAGCCUAACUUGCCCUGAGGCACCAGAUGCUAAAGCCUUUCAAGAGUUGACAUUGCACUAAGGAAUGUUAGGGUCCCAACCUUCCUCUAAUUCUGAGAUAUUAUCGAUUUUACUCAGCAGUUCGAGAACCAGGGAAAUCCAUGUCAGGAUUUUUGAUGAGGUUAAGAUGACUGGCAGAGGCAUGUGAUUUUGGUUUAACCCUAAUUGAGAUGCUGACAGACCAUUUGGUAUGUGGGAUUAAUGAUGUGACUGUGCAAAAGUGCCUACUAGCUGAAGACCAACUGUACUUCAGACAGACGCUAUAACUGGCUUUGUCAUUACAAAAUGCAGCAAAUGGACCCUAUGAGUUACAGGGUAUGCCGAUGUAAGUGGACAUCCUUGUCAGGCCUACUGAGCCUGGGGGACACCACUUGAGUGCAUAGCUCAGGACAUAUCCCGAACAGUGGGCUCGAGGUCAGCACACUCCAAACCCCAAAACAAAGCCAAGCCUCGGACAAAUGGUUAAAAUUUUCUUGACGAUUUGGGCUGGCAGACCAUUCUAGUUGCUACCAGUAUGCGGAGCUAAGACAACAAACAAGUCCCACAAGGCCUGAAUUGAGUAAUAGAAUUUGUAGGCCAGUAUCCAGGAGGGUGCAUACCCUGAAAAGCCCACCUACAUCUGGUUUGGAACAGUUAAACUGCUUAGUAACACCCAAUUCAGAACCAAUCAAAAGAAAUGUCUGGUUAAAUAGUCACCCAGUUCUAAUGGAGGUUGAUACCAGCACAGCCAUAUCAGUGAUGCAUAACCAGUCUUUAACAAAAUUUGCUCUGGACUCCAACCCUUAAGUUUGCAUAAGAGCUUGGCUAGACUGAGAACCUAUACCGGGGAACCUUUACAGAGAAAGGACACAACGUCGGUCCCGGUCUCUUAUGAGAAGCAGCUGCUAUAGUUACUAAUGAUUGUAGUAAAAGGCUCAGGCCAAGCUUGAUGAUGGCAAAAUUGGUUGAGAAAGAUUCACUUUGAUUGGCUCAACAUUUUUUGAUUAGAAAAUGGCUGCCUGAGUGAAGUCCUAAUUAAACACCUGGAAGUUUUUCAGGAAGGUCUAGGAACUAUCAAAGGGGCCAAGGCCACCUUGCACAUUGACCAGGUACCAAUUCCACGAUUCUGCAAGGCCCACCCAGUGCCAUUUGCCUGAUGUGCAAAAUUAGAGGCAGAAAUCAGGAGGCUAGAAAGCGAAGGAAUCAUCAAAUCAAUCCAGUCUGUGGAAUGGGGCAGUACUGGUCAUACCGAUUGUGAGGCCUGAUGGGUUGGUCUGCCUUUGUGGGGAUUUCAAAUAAACAGUAAACUUCUUCUCGCAGCUGGAUAAUUACCCAAUCCCUCACAUAGAGGAUUUAUAUGCAAAACUGGUGGGACGGGGCAGGUACUGUCCUUUGUAAAGCUGGACGCGAGCCAUGCGUACGUGGAGUUGCAGUUAGAUGAGAAUCCCCAGGAGUAAGCUACAAUUAAUACCCAUAAGGGUUUGUACCAACAUACAAGAUUGCUAUUUGGGGUAUCAUCAACAUGUGCCAUUUUCCAGCGAAUGAUGAAGAACAUUUUACAAGGUCUACCCCAGGCCUCCAUUUAUCUGGAUGACAUGCUAAUAACUGGGAAGACAAACAAAGAUAUGCCCAGAUAGAAAAGGAAGGUUUGGCAGUCAUCUUUGAUGGGAGAAAAUUCCACCAAUACCUUUAUGGAGGCAAAUUUGUAAUAAUAACCGCAAAGACCUGCUCGGGCUAAUUAAAAAGAAUAGGUCCGUGUCACUCAUAGCUUCAGGUCGAAUACAGCAGCGGUCUCUUAUUCUCAGUGCGUACAAUUACCAAUUGGAACAUCAUCUGGGAGGCGAAGAGACAAAUGCGGAUGCCUUGAGCCACUUCCUCCUGGUUGAUAGACCACCUGCAGUACCACCACUAGGAGACCACCACCAUUCUGGUUUUAAACUUUCUGGACACCCUUCCGGUCAGUGCUGACAAUAUCAGACUGUGGACACAAGAAGACCCUGUCCUGGUUAUGGGGGAAACACAGGGGCCAUCACAACCAGAACUGACACCUUUCUGGACCCAGUGAGACCUGAUCACCAUAGAGGACAGCAUUUUAUUAUGGGGAGCACGAGUGAUUGCCCCCAGCAAAGGUCACCCCAGAUACUGGCUGAACUCCACCAGGGUCAUCCAGGGGUUUCCAAAAUGAAGAUGUUGGCGAGAAGUUAUGUCUGGUGGCCAGGAUCAGAUGCCAACAUAGCAGCAUUGGUGGGCAGUGCCACCAGAGCACCAACAAGGACAAAAAUUACAGCCAGCAGCUCUCCAACAUUCAUGGGAAUGGCUGGCUAAACCCUGGGCUUGGUUACAUGUUGACUGUGCCAGUCAUUUCAUGGGCUCUAUGUUUUUAGCCGUUGUGAAUGUUAGAGUUCAUAUUAAACACAGGGAUAUGAUUGAAAAGCAGCAAGCAUCUUUUGCGAUGCACUGACUCCCAGAAGUGUUGGUCACAGACAACGGGCCAACAUUUACCAGCAGGAAAUUUGAGUAUUUCCUUAAAUCGAAUGGCAUGCGGCAUGUGAGGACAGCUCUAUACCAUCCAUCAUCCAAUGAUCUGGUGGAAAGAGCUGUACAAAUGUUUAAAGCAGCCUUAAAGAAACAGCCUACAGCUUCACUCAAUACCAAACUGUCCCGAUUCCUGUUUGUUUAUGGGACCACCUCUCACGCAACUAUGGGGUCAGCUUUAUCAGAGUUGCUAAUGGGGAAAAGACUCUGCACCAGGUUAAACCUGAUCUUCCCAGGCCUUCGAGGAGGGUGAAACAGCAUCAGGAAUGCUAAUACCGACACAAGACUCCUCUAAACGACCGAGGCAGUUUACUUCAUGGGAUGAAGUUUGAUGUCAAAACCAUGGGAAGGGCCCAGCAUGGGUAACAGGCGUGGCCGACGCAAGGUCAGGUCCCAUGACGUACAAAGUUUGGGUAGGAGAGAUGGUCCUGAACACACAUGUGGACCAUAUCAAAGCUGUAAUCUUGCAAACGGUGCAGGAGCAAAACAUACCCGGCCCAUCAGAACAUCCAGCAAGGUUGUCAGAACUUGUAGAUUCUCCCCUCCACCUAACAUGAAAGAAACCUCUGAGGACAAGAUGGACAUGACAAGUGUCGCAGUCUCAACAACAUUACUACCGGAAAAAGAUGAGUUACGACCUGGAUGCUUUGGUCGCAAGAGGUAGGCUACGGUGCAGUAUAUGCUGCCAGUUUCCAAAGCAGAGUUGAAGGAGUCAGACCUGGUGUGAAAAUGCCCCAUGUGAAGCUACAAGAGAAAGAACGGCCACUGUCCCAGGACUUAGAGGGGGAGGGAUGGAACAAGAUCAGCCAGGGGGACCUCAUAGCAUAUGAGUUCUGUGAUUGGGCUGUUAACCUGGUCCAAUCAGGGAGCUCUGGCUGACAGAUAUAAAGAGGAACAUUAGGGGUUCUGUUCAUACAAGGAGCCGGUUCUGAACCAACUUGGUCAGUGUCAUAUACAAUGCACGUGUAAAUGAAAGGUGAUUUGGUGAUAGGAUACCAGCCUUUGUGGAAUUAUUUCGGAAAAAUCAGUCACUUGUUCAUAUGCUUGGAGGUCACAGCAGGGAAGAAUAAUGACAAUAAAGAAUUGCAUUUAUAUAACA